AAGGAAACCAAAAAAAGAAAAAUGAUGAUUGUUUUUUUUUUCUCUUUAACCAGGACUCAGACAGUCUUGGAGAAAUCCACUUGCAACCAACCCAUAAUUAUUGCUUCAGAUAGGUGAAUAAGUAGAUACUAUGUACUUGCGUACGCUUGUGGCUAUACUUCUAUGUAUAGUGCGAGUUCUAGCGAAAACAACAACUAGUACGACGAAGGUGGAAACUCCUACCACCACGUCAUUAGACCCCACAGAAACACCAUCAACCAUUAUCGAUAUACUAUCAUCACAAGCACAAUAUUCAUACUUUUUACGACAUCUUCAACGAAAUGGUAUGGUACCCAUCAUCAAUAGCUUACAUGAUAUAACGUUGUUGGCUCCUGUGAAUCUGGCAUUUUCAUCAUUAGAAGCCAUUAAACAACUAGACAAUAAUCAAUUAUUAAGAUAUAUUGUAAAUCAAAAGUUCAGAGUCGGUUAUCUAGAUGAUAAUGAAGUCUAUUUCAAUACAUUAUAUAGGAUGCUGGCUGAAAAGAACUAUUCUAUUAGUAUCAUACCUGAUUUUGAAACAUUUGAAUACGUGGUUGAUAAUGUAUCUGCCAUCAUAGAUCCGGAUAUUUACGCCAAACAUCAACAUUCUUUUAUUCAAGGUAUCGAACAUUUACUUCCCCAAAAAUCAACUAUAUGUGAUAUAUUACUUGAUGAUUCGACUUAUCAAUUGGAUGGACAAAAUAUAUCUUUUAUAAAACAAUUAUUUCAACUGAUCUUUUUAGAUGAAGAAGAAUUCUUUAUUGAAGGUAAAAAGAAGAAAAAGAAGAAGGAAUAUAAACCUCCAAAGGAAGUCUUUCCUGAUACUUGUGAAAGCUUCUUUUCUAAUACUAGAUCCUUAUUAAUCCCUAGUGAUGAAUUCAUCAAUGAUUCAUUAACUGAGAUUGAAAGAAGAUACUAUCUUUCAUCAUUUCAUUCCCUUAAUAGUACCAAAUUCUCAACUACUGAUGAAGCCUUCCUCGAAGUCAAAACAGAUAUUUUCUCCCUCCUUCGUCAUAUCAUGUUGAAAGACUUGGUAUAUGGUACCAACGGUACCGCCACAAAAAAACUGCAUGAAUCUCUUGCUGAAGAUUCAAAGUAUAAAAUCCAUUUAAAUCAAACAUCAAUAAUAAUUAAUGACAAACUUACGAGUAGUACUUCAUACCUUGCUUCGGAUGGAGUAGUACAUAUAUUUAAUAAUGAAGCAACCACAAAAGUAUCAAAAGACAAUUCCAAAUUCUUUCAAGCUUUGAAUAUCCCAACUGUUGAUAUUAUCCCUAGAAAAGCACUUUAUGCUUUACAUUUUUCCAAUUUUGUGAAGGAAUUAAAUUUCAGAUCAUUGGAUUAUUUAAUUGAUGGCUCUGUCGCUAAUCAAACAUUAUUCAUAGAACGUGAUCAAAAAGAUGAUAUUGAAGAAGAUGAUGACAAUGAUGAUGGAGAAAGUGUCAACGUAUAUUCCUUCAGUUCAAAACAGAAUUUACUUUAUCAAUUUGCUGAUGAACCAGUUGAUUUAACUACGGUUGAAGCUGAAUCAGAUGGGAAUCAUCAAUUAUUAAAUUCGAAACUUUGCUCAAAAAAGAGAGUCGGAGGUUGUUUUAAAUUGAAAUUAUCAGUAUCCAAUAUCAAAGGUGAAAAUGUUACAACCUUAAAUGAUGAUAUCGGCGUUAUAGAUAUUCCAAUGCCUCUUGGUAAUAAUAGUUUUGUUUACGUGACAGAUUCAGAAAUCACAUCCCCAGUAUCUUUCAAACACUCUGUAGGUGAUUUAAUGUCAGAUGGUGCUAUACAUAGACAUUUAGAACACAUUAAAAUUGAUCAAAAGACUUGUCUUACCACAUUACAAUAUCUCAAUGAUUUUGAUAUGUAUUCAUUAAAUGAAAAUGGUAAAGGUUAUUCCGUAUUUUUACCAUGUGGUAGAAACAUAAAAAAUUCAAAAGGAUCAUGGAAAGAUCUUGGAUUGAUCUUGAAUUAUUUAGAAGCUAAUCCUUUAUUAUUCAAAGAUUUAUUGAAAGGGAUGUUCAUUGAAGAUACUAUUUAUUCUAAUUUUGGACUCAAUCAUAAAGAUCGACAAAUGGUCCAUUCAUCAAAUCUAAAUGGUGAUCUAGUCAAUAUUGAAAACUAUCAAUAUGACGGAGGUUUCAAUCAUAUGAUUAGAUUAAAUAAUACCAAAGUAUCCUUGCCUAUAAAUUCCGAUAUCUUAUUCAAUCAAGGGGUGAUUCAUAUCAUCAAUGAAGUUUUAUUACCUGAAAGUUUUUCGAUUCCAUUUGCAGAUUUGGCUAAAACAACCAUGGAUAUGAAUUAUCCUGAUUACUCGAUUGUGAAUCUUAUUGAAAUGUUUCCAAAAUUAAGUAAAGCGUUGGGUUUCCAUGGGGAAGCGCAUAGUACAAAUCAAUACUCCUUACUUAUCCCGAGUCCAGAGUCCUUGAAGGAUUUUAAUAUCACUACUAGUUUCACCAAGUUAUAUGAUUUCCUUGAAUUGCAUUUGAUUCCAAAUAAAGAAAUCGGAAACUUGAUUGAUUGUAUCAACGAUAAUUCUCCUCAACUUAAUUCCACUGGUUAUGUUGUGAAUACAAAUCUCACUAAUGCUACCAUGGUAUGUAUCCGAGAUCAUAAAAAUGAUAAAGUUUAUUUACAAUUACAUAAGCUCAACAAUCAUAAUUCGUCAGAUUUCAAUGCUCUUUCAUAUAACAAAGAUCAUGAAGUUAGAUUAUUAAAUCAUGGUUGUACUUCAUUAAACCAAUCAUCAGCUUCAUGUGUAUUUUUGAUUGAAAAGCCAUUGAACUUAAAAUGGAUUGAAGAUCCUGAUGAUGAUAAUUUCCUUCAUAUUCAUCUUGGAUUUAUUAGUGUCGGAGUUGGUAUAAUCCUUGGUUUGGCCAUGUUUGGCAUGGUAAUGCUUGGUGCUAUCUAUUGUUUAGGUAAUAAUAGAAGGAAAUUUGGUGAACCUUUAUCCCAAUAUGAUAAUGAUUCUAUGUUCCCUAGAAGCGAAUCUACAUUUAUGCCAGUAUUAACUGACGAUGAUAGUGAAGAUUUCGAUAGAGGUUUUGACAUUGGUUAUGAAACAGACUUGGAUAUGUUAAGAACAGAAACAGAACUGUUACUUCCAUUACAUGGUAAAAGAAAGAAAAGAGGAAAGAAGAGAGAUUAUGGUUCAACUGCAAACGGGGAAGCAACAUCACCCAGUGGUCCUAUCAACAUCACAGGACAUGUAUCUGCUCCUCGUAACAUCCAUAAUAAGAGCAUAUCCCAUACAUUAGGUAGAGAAAGAAAUAUACCUGGUUUUGGUCCAUAGAAGUUAUGUAUUAUUUUAGUUAUUUAUUUAUUAUAGUCCUUUCAAUUUUAAAAUUCUGCAUAUAAAAAAUAUGUGUAUUUCUUUACGAUUCUGUAACAAUU